AUGUUUCUAAGAAAGAAACCUCCUCAGUUAACGUUUUUAGAGGAGUUGCAACAAACCUAUAAUGAUUGUUGUGAAACCACUAUCAAGAAUUUAUAUCUUGAAGAAGAUAAAAAUGAUGUAGAACUGGCUUUAAAAGGGUGGAAAUCUUUACAUACAUCUUUAUUAUAUAAAUUGGAAUUAUUUGAGAAGAAGAAGAUCACUUCAGUUGAUGAAUUGCAGAUUUUACAGGAAUUAAAAAAUAUAAGAGAUCAGAAUGUUAAACAUCUUAUACGAGUUCAAUUAAGAAUGGAUGAAAUUAAUAGAAAGAAACAUUUUGAUCCUUCAAGAGAAGCUGCUAUACUUUCUUUAAGUAAUAGUGCUAGUUCAAAAAGUUCAGGACCAUCACUUCGAAGCACUCAUUCAAAUUCUUCUACCAAUAAUCGUUCCAUGUUAAAAUCUUUACGUCCUCAAGCAUCAUCAUUAUCAUCAUCAACAACAAGUAUCCCCACAUCGAAUGGUAAUGGUAGUAGUACCAGUUCAUAUUUCACUCCAAGUAAUACUUAUCAUACGUCAAAGGUAGCUGCCAAACUCAUGUAUCAACCCAAUAAACCUCAUAUUCAUAUACUGCAUCCUCAAACUUAUCAACCCCCUUCCAUCCCUUCUCAAUCACAACCAUUAGCAAGUUCAGAAGAUGAAUUAUUCGAUGAUUUUGAUGAAGAAGAAGCAUUUGAUUUUGUUUCUAACGACUAUGGUAAUGGAAAUGGUCAUAGUAGUAAUAAUUGGGAACGUCUUAAUGUAGGCGAAUCUAGAACUUCAUCAGGCAUUUCUGAAUUAUCUUCAGGUAAAGAAAAUUCAACUUACAAUAAUAAUCUCAUUGAUAUUGAUGAUGACGGCUCGAAUUUCAACAACUAUAAUCUCAAUGGAGAACUGAAUAGUCAACGACAAUUCAAUAAAUCAUUCGAAGAUAUAUUGACCAUUAAGAAAGUCCCUCCUCCUAUUCCUCCCAAAAGAAAUGGCAAUAGUGCUGGUCAUUUAUCAGUUCCAACCACAUCAAAACCGAAAAGUAACUCAUUUGAUCAGAAUUAUUAUAAUGAUUCUAGUGAUAAUUUGUUAAGUACUAUGGGAUCGACUCAUUCAAAAAGUACAGGUGAUAUAACUAUAAAACCCAUUAUUGAAAGUCCUCAAAAGGAAUCUAAACCAGUCGAAGUUAAAAAGAAACCCUAUGUUUAUAAUAAACCUAAACCCCUCAAUGUCAGUCAUAUCAUGAAGAAAACUUCUCAAACAAGAUUAAAACAACAACAAGCUCAACAAGCUCAUCAAUCUCAACAAUCACUGAGUACACAAAAGACUACUUCAUCUCAACCAUCUCAACAACAGGCUAAACAACAACAGAAACCAAAAGCACAAGCCGCUAAACUUAAACCAAAGGCAAGUACUUCAAAUAUCAAUUAUAAUUAUGUCAAGAAAACAACUCCUACCGCGAAGAAAAGUGUAUCACCACCACCUUCAAAUCAACCCACCAAGAGAGAAGCAGCACCAUCAAGUCCAACCAUGGAUGAUUUAUUAAGCGGAUAUGAUGCAGAAGAAGAUGGAGAUGUGUAUGAUGAUGGAGAUGAUGUUCCAACCUAUCUUAAGAAUGAUACUGAACAAGAUAAAUUAAUCGCAUCUAUUCGUGGUAUUGAUGUUGGAUUAGCUAAACAAAUCUUGAAUGAUAUUGUGGUUCAAGGUGAUGAAGUAUAUUGGGAUGAUAUCGUUGGAUUAGAAGCUGCUAAAAACUCCUUAAAGGAAGCUGUUGUAUAUCCAUUUUUAAGACCAGAUUUGUUCCAAGGUUUAAGAGAACCAGUGAGAGGGAUGUUAUUAUUUGGACCUCCAGGUACGGGUAAAACCAUGUUAGCUAGAGCAGUUGCCACUGAAUCUAAAUCAACAUUUUUCCAAAUUAAUUCCAGUUCUUUAACUUCGAAAUAUUUAGGUGAAAGUGAAAAAUUAGUUAAAGCAUUAUUUUUAUUAGCUAAGAAAUUAUCUCCUUCGAUUAUUUUCAUGGAUGAAAUUGAUUCAUUAUUAGGAUCUAGAACAGAAGGAGAAUUAGAAAGUAUGAGAAGAGUUAAGAAUGAAUUUUUAAUUUCAUGGUCAGAAUUAUCAUCAGCUACCGCCAAUGCUUCAUCAAAACUGGAAGAUAAUAGAGUAUUAAUCUUAGGUGCUACAAAUUUACCAUGGGCUAUCGAUGAAGCUGCUAGGCGUAGAUUUGCUAGACGUCAAUAUAUCCCAUUACCUGAUGGAGAGAUUAGAAUUAAUCAAAUCAAACGAUUAUUGAAAUAUCAAAAUAAUACCAUUACUGAUGAUGAUUUCCUUGAAUUGAUUGAAUUGACUGAAGGGUUUAGUGGUAGUGAUAUAACAUCAUUAGCUAAGGAUAGUGCUAUGGGUCCAUUACGUGAAUUAGGUGAGAAAUUAUUAUUAACUCCAACUGACCAAAUUAGAUCGAUUAAUAUAGAAGAUUUCAAAAAUAGUUUGAAAUAUAUUAGACCAAGUGUAUCUAAAGAAGGAUUGAAACAAUAUGAAGAUUGGUCUGAUAAAUUUGGUUCAUCUGGUAUGUAG